CCUUCUAAAUUCCAAAACACAAGAGAGAGCAACUUAAAAGACUCAAAAAUGGAGGCAAUUCAAUCAUGGGUUUCAAACCACAAGCUAGCCACACUUGGGGGACUUUGGGCUUCUGGAAUUGGGGCAUCUCUUGUGGCUAAUUCACGUACAAGGUCUCCAAUGAAACCUAGUCUUAGACUCAUCCAUGCCAGAUUGCAUGCGCAAGCUUUAACACUGGCAGUGUUGUCUGGUGCUGCGGUUUAUCGAUACUAUGAGAUUCGUGAAUGUGGCCCAAAACAACAGGCCCACUAUCCUUCCCCCACUGUGGUCCAGCUAGUUGAAGGGGAGCUCCAAAGUCCUUUCUAAAAUUGUCAACUUAUUGUAGUUUCUUUAAUUAUUAUAUAAUAUAAAAUUAUCAGAAGAGGAAAACAGACAGUUAUCCCUUUUGGAGGAGAUCAAGAGUUGGGUGUUUCCCUGCACCUCCAACCCCUUCAUCCCACACCACCAAAUUUUAAUAAAAUAUCAAUUUCGUCUUUAAUUAAAAA